GCGAGCGAGCCUGUCCGAGACAGCGGCGGAGCGGGGUUCACGCACACGACCAGCCAUGUCACUGCAAUAAGGACGCGGUGCAAUGCGAUCCAGGCCAACAUGCAAAUCGCCAAACAGGCCCGGAAAUUAGCAGACGACGUUCGGUGUUGCAGAUUUGAAGUCGCCUUGUUGUUUUAAGCAUGUUCUGAGAGGCGGAGGUGAGCUAGUCCCGCAAGCAGUCGUCCAGAGAGCAUUGGACGCGCUCUCGGAAGCUCGCUAAUAAAUAACAAAAACAACCGACCAAAACACUUGGUCUCGCAUGUUUUUUUUCCCCACAAAUAUUUGUAAACCUUGGAGGAUACAAUUAUGUCGACCGGACAGGACGAAAGCUCGGUCCGAGUGGCUUUGAGGAUCCGCCCCCAGCUGGCGAAGGAGAAGAUCGAGGGAUGCCACAUCUGUACCUUCGUGACGCCGGGCGAGCCCCAGGUGAUCCUGGGGAAGGACAAGGCCUUCACCUAUGACUACGUGUUCGACAUGGACACGCAGCAGGACACCAUCUACAGCAACUGCACGGAGAAGCUGAUCGAGGGCUGCUUCGAGGGCUACAACGCCACCGUCUUCGCCUACGGCCAGACGGGCUCGGGGAAGACCUACACCAUGGGCACGGGUUUCGAUGUGAACAUUGCAGACGACGAGCUGGGCAUCAUACCGCGCGCGGUCAGCCACCUGUUCAAGGGGAUCGAGGAGCGGCGGCGGGCGGCCAGCGAGCAGGGCCGACCCCUGCCCGAGUUCAAAAUCAACGCCCAGUUCCUGGAGCUGUACAAUGAGGAGGUCCUGGACCUGUUCGACUCCGCCCGUGACAUCGAAGCCAGGAAGCAGAAAUCCAACAUCAAGAUCCACGAGGACGCCAACGGAGGCAUCUACACUGUGGGAGUGACCACGCGCACUGUCACCUCAGAGGCAGAGAUGAUGCAGUGUCUGAAGCUGGGGGCUCUCUCUCGCACCACCGCCAGCACGCAGAUGAACGUACAGAGCUCGCGCUCCCACGCCAUCUUCACCAUCCACCUGUGCCAAGUGCGCGUCUGCACCCCCGACAGCCAGGACAACGAGACGGACAACAGGAUGUCCAACGGCUCCUCGGAGAUGAACGAGUUCGAGACGCUGACCGCCAAGUUUCACUUUGUGGACCUGGCCGGUUCCGAGCGGCUGAAGAGGACGGGGGCCACAGGGGACCGGGCCAAAGAAGGAAUCUCCAUCAACUGUGGGCUGCUGGCCCUGGGAAACGUGAUCAGCGCUCUGGGAGACAGGAGCAAGAAGGCGACGCAUGUGCCCUACCGCGACUCCAAACUCACUCGGCUGCUGCAGGACUCCCUCGGAGGAAACAGCCAAACAGUGAUGAUCGCAUGCAUCAGCCCGUCGGACCGGGACUUCAUGGAGACCCUGAACACCCUGAAGUAUGCCAACCGAGCCAGAAACAUCAAGAACCGGGUCAUGGUGAACCAGGACAAGGCCAGCCAGCAGAUCAGCGCCCUGCGGACCGAGAUCGCCCGGCUGCAGAUGGAGCUGAUGGAGUAUAAAACGGGUAAGCGGAUGGUGGGGGAGGACGGCAUGGAGAGCAUUAACGACAUGUUCCAGGAGAACUCCAUGCUGCAGACGGAGAACAACAACCUGCGCGUGCGCGUCAAGGCCAUGCAGGAGACCAUCGACGCCCAGCGGGCCCGGCUCACGCAGCUGCUGAGCGACCAGGCCAACCAGGCGCUCGCCAGGGCAGGUGAGGGGAACGAGGAGAUUGGCAACAUGAUCCAGAACUACAUCAAGGAAAUUGAAGACCUCAGGGCCAAGCUGCUGGAGAGUGAGGCGGUGAACGAGAACCUGCGGAAGAACCUGUCCCGCGCCUCCACCCGCUCCUCAUACUACGGUGGGCCCACGGCCUCCUCCACCUUCCUCGCCCCCGAGAAGGAGGCCUCUGACAUCAUCGAGCUGGCCAAGAAGGACCUGGAGAAGCUGAGAAAGAGGGAGAGGAAGAAGAAGAAGAGGCUCCAGCUGCUGGAGGCGGGUCGGCAGGAGGAGAUUGAGGAUGACAGCGUCAUCAAGGAGGAAGGCCCUGACAACGAGCAGAAGAGGGCGGAGAAAUCAGAACGGACCAAUGAUGAGCCAGAGAUGGAGGCACAGGAAGGAAGUGAUCAUGAAGAGGGAGGGGAGGAAGAUGAAGAGGAAGAUGAGGAAGAGAUGGAGGUGGAUGAGAGCUCGGACGAGGAUUCCGAACUCGAUGAGAAAGAGAACUUCCAGGCGGACCUGGCCAACAUCACCUGCGAGAUCGCCAUCAAGCAGAAGCUGAUCGACGAGCUGGAGAACAGUCAGCGGCGGCUCCACACGCUCAAGCAGCAGUACGAGCAGAAGCUGAUGAUGCUGCAGAGCAAGAUCCGGGACACGCAGCUGGAGAGAGACCGCGUGCUGCACAACAUGGGCUCAGUGGAGACGUUCACAGAGGAGAAAGCCAAGAAGAUCAAGAUGGAGUACGAGAAGAAGCUGAACGUGAUGAACAAGGAGAUGCAGAAGCUGCAGUCGGCCCAGAAGGAGCACGCCAGGCUGUUGAAGAGCCAGUCGCAGUACGAGAAGCAGCUCAAGAAGCUGCAGCAGGACGUGGUCGAGAUGAAGAAGACAAAGGUUCGUCUGAUGAAGGAGAUGAAAGAGGAGCAGGAGAGGAACCGGAUGAAGGAGCUGAAACGGAGCCGCGAGAUCGCCACGCUAAAGAAGGACCAGCGCAAGCAGGAGAUCCAACUGAAACAGCUGGAGGCCCAGAAGAGACAGCAGGAGCUGGUGCUGCGUAGGAAGACUGAGGAGGUAACAGCCCUGCGCCGGCAGGUGAGGCCGGUCUCAGGCAAGGCGACCCGUAAGGUGAGCUUACCUGAGCCUCUCCAGGACCCCUCCCAGCGGCCCCCCUCAGGAAGGCCACAGUCCGCCGGAGCCAUGGCAUCCAACGGAACCAGGAAGUACCAGCGGAGCACAGUGGGCGUGUACUCCACCAGGGGGGCGCGGACCAAGUGGCAGUCACUGGAGCGUCGCAUCAGUGACAUCAUCAUGCAGAGGAUGACCAUUUCCAACAUGGAGGCCGACAUGAACCGCCUGCUGAAGCAACGCGAGGAGCUGACCAAACGGAGGGAGAAGAUCUCCAAGCGGAGGGACAGGGUGGCCGCGGAGGGGACCGACGCAGACAAGGCGGUACUGUCCUUCACCGAGGAGAUAGAGUCCCUGACAGCCAACAUCGACUACAUCAACGACAGCAUCGCCGACUGCCAGGCCAACAUCAUGCAGAUGGAGGAGGCCAAGGAUGAUGGUGACAUGGUGGAUGUUACCGCGGUGAUCAGCUCCUGCACCCUGUCAGAAGCACGCUUCCUGCUCGACCACUUCCUGUCCAUGGCCAUCAACAAGGGCCUGCAGGCAGCCCAGAAGGAGUCUCAGAUCAAGGUGAUGGAGGGCCGUCUGAAGCAGACGGAGAUCAACAGUGCCACCCAGAACCAGCUGCUGUUCCACAUGCUGAAGGAGAAGGCGGAGUUCAACCCGGAGCUGGACGCUCUGCUGGGGAACGCCCUGCAAGAACUAGGUAACAUACCUACUGAGGAAGGGGAGGAGAGCAGCAGUGACGAGUCCGCUCAAAGCCCAGCCACAGAAGGAAGCUCUUUGGCCUCUGACCUCAUGAAGCUCUGUGGAGAGACCAGACAGAGAAGCAAGGCCCGCAGAAGAACCACCACACAGAUGGAGCUACUGUACGCCAACAGCACUGAUCCCUGCCUCGACAUGCCUACCGGGGAAUUUUCCGCUCCUCUUCUUCCAGUGGCUGAGAACCAGGAAGUGGGUGGAGACCUGAAAGCUGCGGGGGCAUCCCUUAAAGAUAAGGACCCCAUGACCUCUCCGUCAGUUAUGCCCUCUAAACCAGGAAGCAAACCUCCCACAGGAGCUGAGAAGAGGCCACCGGAGCCUUCACCACUCACCCGGAGGAGGAUGUAUGAGAAGGGGCAGACGGCAGCCGACAAGGCCAAGGGGAAAGAGAUCAAACAGUCGGAUGGGAGUGAGUCCUCUGUUCAGGAAGGGCACAGGGGCGUGAUCAGCCCCGUCCCGCCCCCGAAGGGCGGCCGGGGGGCGACGCUGCAGUGUGUCCACGUGGCCGAGGGGCACACCAAAGCGGUACUGUGCGUGGACUCCACCGACGACCUGCUCUUCACCGGCUCCAAGGACCGUACCUGCAAGGUGUGGAACCUGGUGACGGGGCAGGAGAUCAUGUCCCUGGGGGGCCACCCCAGCAGCGUGGUGUCCGUACGUUACUGCUCCAGCCUGGUCUUCACCGUCUCCACCGCCUACAUCAAGGUGUGGGACAUCCGCGACUCCGCCAAGUGCAUCCGCACCCUCACGUCCUCUGGCCAGGUGACCCCAGGUGACGCUUGUGCCGCCAGCGCUAAUCGGGUGGUCACCAUCCCGCCCGGAGAGACCCAGAUCAACCAGAUCGCCCUGAAUCCCACGGGAUCCUUCCUGUACGCGGCGGCCGGGAACUCCGUCCGCAUGUGGGACCUGAAGAGGUUUGUGUCCACGGGGAAGCUAACUGGACACCUGGGACCGGUCAUGUGUCUGACUGUGGACCAGACAGGAAACGGUCAGGAUCUCGUCAUCACCGGCUCCAAGGAUCACUAUAUCAAGACGUUUGAGGUGACGGAGGGGACACAGGGAAGUGUCAGCCCCACGCACAGCUUCGAGCCCCCCCACCAGGACGGGAUUGAGUGCCUGACGGUGCAAGGGGAUGGCCUUUUCAGCGGGUCUCGGGACAACGGCAUCAGGAAGUGGGACCUGUCCCGAAAAGUCCUGCUACAGCAUGUGGCGAACGCGCACCAUGACUGGGUGUGUGCGCUGGGCGUGGUGCCCGAGUCGCCCGCCGUGCUGAGCGGGUGCAAGGGUGGGAUGCUGAAGCUGUGGCACAGCGACACCCUCGCCCCGCUGGGCGAGCUGAGGGGACACGACUGUCCUGUCAACGGCGUGUCAGCCAACAGCAGCCACGUCUUCACUGCCUCCGAUGACCAGUCAGUAAAGAUAUGGCAAGCGAGGGGGACGCUGGACGGCGUGCUGGACCUGAGUGACAUCAGUUAACUGGCCGCAGGGCGCGCGCUGUGACCGGGGGCCAAGGGCGCGUCCAGCGGGGUGCUCCAGUGGCCGAGCACUCUGUGAAAGGGGGGGGGUGCCAAGAGUCUCGAUCGGAGCCCCAAAGAGCGAAGGAGGGUCCCCCUCCGUCGUCCUCACUGUAACGGAGAGGAGCAACUGUGAACCGCGGCCUCCUGGGCAACAACCUCGCUUCUGAAUGUGCAAUCUGUGGCUCCUUAUCUGGCAGCUCCUCUAUGCAGUGAAAGUAUUCCCUGUGUGUUAAGCAGUAUGGCGUUGUCCACUACUAUUGAAUAAGGUCCUGCCAAACACAGUCCUGUCUUAGCACUGACCUGCAUGCAGUACCCGUGUGGGCCAGUAGAGGGCACUUCCACGGACUAAGAGAGCAUGGGCUCCUGGAGCUGGUCUCCAGGGUCACAGGUCACAGGUCACUGUGAGUGUGACUGGCAAGUAAGUCUUAACUAGCGUGAAAGUGGCUUGAUGUGAGCUUAACUAUUCCACCAUGCUCUUAACAUGUUCAUAAUUUGCUCUGAUGGCAGUCAGUACGUAAAAAUGAUGGUGAAUCCUACCUGCUUGUCUCAGCAGGUUACAGUAAUUGUACACUCUUCAACUUAAAGAUAUAUCUUAAAAUUAACGCCUGUAGUGGUAUAUCUCCCAGUGCAUCCAGAAUAACAAUGUGUCUCUGUACCACCCUCUAGGGGUUGUGUGUUUUCACUGUUACGGUCACAGUGUGUUUUAUUUCUUUAUUUCUCAGCACAACACUGUUAUUUUAUCUAGUGACUUAAACUGAUGUAUAUGCUGCUAAAUCUUCUGUGUACCUUCCUCUUUAACCUGGAAAGGGUUUUGUCUCUAAGGCCAGGUGGACAGCACCUAGCGUAGGUACGAUAUGUAUAUAGUAGUGUUCAGUGUAAAGAGAGAGGUGUUUCCUGUGCCUGUUACCCUGAUAUUGUAGGCAGUACAGUGAAUGCACUAAAUGAGU